AUGAGCACCACAACCACCAAAAGCAAACGCCCGACCGUCCUGGUCACCGACACCCGCGAUGCCCCCCGCAUUCCCGCGCGCGUCCCAAUGCAGCGCCGCUCAACCACCAAGCUCAUCUCGGUCGACAACAUCCUCCAAUACGCCUCCGAGAUCCCCUCGCAACAGCGCCGCGGCCCGCCGGCGCACCUGCAGCGUCCCCAAAACCACACCCGCACGCCGAGUGGCCUGUACCCACUCGACCCCAAGCUCUCCGGCCGCCUGCUGCCCCAGCACAUCCCCAGCCGGUCCAGCAAAGUCAGCGAGAAGCUCGUGCUCCUCCCGGAAGCAGACUUGGAGCCGGAGGACGAGAAAGGCGAUUUCGCGGACUCGGACGGGGAGCGGCCGCCGCGGGACGAGGAGCUCGAGCAGCGCACUGCGAAGGGCGGGCUGCGGGAUAAGAGCUAUGCGGAACGGCUACCCAAAGCACGCCGGACGGAGAAGCUGGCGAGGGUCACGGCGUACUGCACCGCGCAGAGCUACAAGAUGAAGUCGACGGCGGAGUUUGUGAAGACGCAGCAUCAUGCGCGGACGAAAUUGUACGAUGAUUGUUUGUAUACGGUGUUUCAUCUGCCGUUGCUGCCGGGGAGCGAUGGGUAUAGGGUGAGGAGUAGCCCGGUGCUGAAGAGUCCGGGUGGGAAGAGUGUGUUGGAUGAGGAGAUUGAGAGGAAUGAGAAUCGGGAGUACCACGAGGGGUAUUUUGGAGAGACUGAGCAGUAUAGCUACCGUGGGGGGGACGAGGGGGAGGGCAGUCCGACGCAGAGCCCCGAAGAUAUCGGCGAGCGACGCGAUUCGGAUACUGGGGAUGGCAUUGGCCUACACGCUCGAAUUCCGCCAGACCCCCUCUCGUUUGGGGAGAUGUUCGUGUUCUCCUACGGGGUCGCUGUCUUCUGGAAUUUCACAGAGAGGCAAGAGAAGGAUAUACUGGCGGACCUCACCUUCUCGGCCAGCGAGACGGGUAUCUCGCUCGUUACGCGACCGAUGCAAGAACCGGAUUUCGAGACCGAGGAGUUCCAUUUCGAGUAUAAUGGGGAUAUCCCAAGGCCCAGGGUUUACAAUGAUAUGAUCACGCUACGGAGUAGUGAUCAUAUGAUCAAGCUGGCCAUGAGCCACGCUAUUGCGCAAAGUACCAAGCUAAGCUUCUUCGAAGAAAGAAUGGCAAAGACGAUGCUGCAGGCACAGUAUAUUCCGCGUCGACUGGCGCUCACAGGUAAAUUGGGCAUGACAAGACGAGAGGUAGUCAAGAUGAUCGGCCGACUCUUCACGAGUCGUGUCGAUGUGAAUCUCUCAUCAAACAUGCUCGACACCCCCAAUUUCUUCUGGGACUCCGAGCCCACGCUCCACCCGCUGUACACCGCCGUCCGCGAAUACCUCGAAAUCAAACCCCGCAUCCAGGUCCUCAACGAGCGCUGUCGCGUCUUCCUCGACCUCGGCGAAAUCCUCUCGGACUCCAUAUCCGACAAGAAAAUGACUCGCAUUACCUGGAUCAUUAUUAUCCUGAUCGUGUUGAGUAUUUGUGUCACGUGUCUGGAGGUGCUGCUCAGAUUUGCGAUUUUGCAGAAGAGGGGCGCGAUUGGGGAUGGAGUGGUUGGGAAGCAGACCGUUGCGGGGCCUGCGUUGUUAGUUGUGAGGACCGUUUAUUGGGCGGGGAAGAGGGUGAAGGGUGUGUGGUAG